AUGUUUAAGCGCACAGUGCUCUCCUGCCCAUCCCCAGCAGCACCCCCACUACAGGCCCGAGGAGCUUUCCGGAGCUUCCCACACUUCUGGGGAGAAGACUUCUUAGCCAGCUUGAUGUUUAAAAUUCAGCUGGAGCCCUUAAAACUUCGAGCGUGGACGCUGAAUGGGUUUGUAAAGUUUCGAAACAAGGAGACCAGUGCCGGUCCAGUGGCUGUGAUGGGAAAGGAUUACUACAAGAUUCUUGGGAUCCCGUCUGGAGCCAAUGAGGAUGAGAUCAAGAAAGCCUAUCGGAAGAUGGCCUUGAAGUACCAUCCAGAUAAGAACAAAGAACCCAAUGCUGAGGAGAAGUUUAAGGAGAUUGCAGAGGCCUAUGAUGUGCUGAGUGACCCUAAGAAACGGGGCCUGUAUGACCAGUAUGGUGAGGAAGGCCUGAAGACUGGUGGCGGUUCCUCAGGUGGCUCCAGUGGCUCCUUUCACUACACCUUCCAUGGAGACCCCCAUGCCACCUUUGCCUCCUUCUUUGGAGGCUCCAACCCCUUCGAUAUCUUCUUUGCCAGCAGUCGCUCAGCUCGUCCCUUCAGUGGCUUUGACCCAGAUGACAUGGAUGUGGAUGAAGAUGACGACCCAUUUGGCGCCUUUGGCCGUUUUGGCUUCAAUGGGCUGAGUAGGGGUCCAAGGCGAGCCCCAGAACCACUAUACCCUCGGCGCAAGGUUCAGGACCCACCUGUGGUGCAUGAGUUGAGGGUGUCCCUGGAGGAAAUCUACCACGGCUCCACCAAACGCAUGAAGAUCACAAGGCGGCGCCUCAACCCUGACGGGCGAACUGUGCGAACCGAGGACAAGAUCCUGCAUAUUGUCAUCAAGCGUGGCUGGAAGGAAGGCACCAAGAUCACCUUCCCCAAAGAGGGCGAUGCCACACCUGACAACAUCCCUGCCGACAUCGUCUUUGUGCUCAAAGACAAGCCCCAUGCACACUUCCGCCGAGACGGUACCAACGUGCUCUACAGUGCCCUGAUCAGCCUCAAGGAGGCGCUGUGCGGCUGCACCGUGAACAUUCCCACCAUUGAUGGCCGAGUGAUCCCUUUGCCCUGCAAUGAUGUCAUCAAGCCAGGCACCGUGAAGAGACUCCGUGGGGAGGGCCUUCCUUUCCCCAAGGUGCCCACCCAGCGGGGAGAUCUCAUUGUCGAGUUCAAAGUUCGGUUCCCAGAUAGAUUAACACCACAGACACGGCAGAUCCUUAAGCAGCACCUACCUUGUUCCUAGGCUCUGCCCUAGCCAACCCAGAGUCUACCACAGCAAUACCCCCCACACUCACCCCAUCCAUUGUGCACCCAGCUUGAUGUCCACUGGACACUGGCAACAUUUUCUAAAGUGAAAAAAAAAAAAAAAAAAGCCACUGGUUUUCAGGGGAAAUGUUCCUAUCCCUGACCCCUUUCAAAGCUGGGCUGCCCUGGGGGAGUGGGAGGGAGGUGGGGAGAGCUAGCCCAGACCAGGGGUCAAUUUUCAUGUCACAACCUUUGAAUCCAGUUCCCACUCCAGUGGCUGGAGAAUGACCUGAGUGCUACUUGAAGAUAUAGAGAUUCCUUGUCCACGCCUGUAAAUAGCAUGUCCUCCUUCCCCUCUCAGCUUUGCUAAUACCUCUCCUUUCCCUUCCCUUCAGCUUCCUCCUAUUGAGGGAGGAAGAGGAUAAAAUGGACACUGCUUUCCCACCCCAGCCCCACCCUCAAGUCCACAGUGUCCAAGGUUAUCACACACCUAUUCAUGCACACAAAACGCACACCUAGAGCUGUGUGUGCCUCUCCAGGGUUGAGAUGGGAAGGGAAGGUCCAUAACCCAUGAACCGGGCCAUUGAGCACGAGACACUUUUCAUUUGGGGCAGGGAAGUGAAUGGGACCCUCAGCAGCCUUCUUGACAGCUAUCCUGCCCAGACCCUGCAGAGCUGGAAGUUCUGUCUUCCCUGCGGCUCCCAGGAAUGUGCAAGGGUAGAGGAAGGGGAGGGGGCCUGCUGUAUUAAGGCUAAGAGGUGGAGGGCACGGUCUGUCUUCCAACCUUCAUCAGGAAGGGAAAGGGCUUUGGGGUCAGGUGGCAGCUAUUCCCCACCAAGAGAUUCAGGGUCACAGGUUUCUCCCCACACCUCUGAACUCAGGGCCUAGCCACCCCUAAACUUCCAAAUCCCAUUUUUGUGAUAUAUGAAGCUACUUAUUUCUUACCCUUCAUGGAGGCUGCGUGGGGAAUUUCUAGCCCUUUGAUGCCUGUGUGAUCCCACCCCACUCCCACAAUUGUAUAAAGGUCAAAUAGUGAAGGAGCUAGGCUAAGACUGCUUCAGCCAGGUUCUGGGAUGGGGUUUUUAGGUUUUCUCACUUUGACAAGCCCUUGAAUGUUUUUAUAGUAGUUUUUUUGUAUUUUUUUGUAAUGACAGUAUUAUGAAAAAAAAUAAAGUAUUUUAAAAAUAUGG